AUGGAGUACUCCCGCUUCCCAAUUCUUCCCAUCCCGGCUUUGCUUCGGCGUCGGCUAUCCCGACUCUACUCGUCCCACAGGGCUGUAGCCGAUAACAAGCCGGGCGGGGCCUGGCGAAAUGAUUUGACCACCUUGUCCGAGCCGCAUCUGCCUGUCCAGGGCCGGCUUUUGGCGCGAGCGGCGACUGAAGCGCAACGGCCUUCGACGGCGAGUGAUGACCUGGGCUCCUUGGAUUCCGGAUCGAUGGAAUCCAAUAGUCCACCCGUGGAAGAGGUAGGCUCUCCUACCAAAUACGAGACCGAAUCGGGGUUGCGAUGGAACCGGGUUGUACCUGCAUUUAACCUCCUCCGAAACGCUGGGUAUGAAGCCCAACAACCACAAGCAGAUGGCCGCCUUGCUCGAUCCCUCUAUAUCAGUGCCGUGAUGUAUCUGCUCGAUGCACUCCCUUCGGAUCUCACACCCGACGAAACAACGAUGCUCCAACACCGCCUGCCCGAGCAAGUGAAAGACGCAGUUGCAAUCUCUUCACAGCCGCGAAUAGCUCAUUUGGAUGGAAUUGCACAGUCCAGAGCUAUUCCGCCACCGAGGUCGCACCUCCACCGGCUACUCGCUUCGAGUAUUGUGCAGAUCUUCCUUAUCAUUCGAUUCUUAUUGCCGUACUUUAGGCUCUUCCUCCGCCAAGUAUACGAGUAUGAACGAUCGCAUCGAAUCACCGAGCGGAUUGUCACGACUACGUUAGACGCGGCGGAUGGAUUGGGCAGAAGUAGUGCCAAUAUCAGCUCUGCUGUUUGCAAGCUGAAUGAAGGCAGGGUUGGGGCUGUGGUAGGAAAUCUUGCCAGCUGGUGGAUUGAGGGUGUUGCGGGGGGUAUUUAUGAAGGUGUAGGCGAAGGCAUGAUGCAUUUGGGAUUGUUGAAACCUGGCUUAGAAUUUGAUAGAUUGGCACUAUCCAUAGAGAGACGUUAG